UUUUUUAUACCAAUUUGUAUUUAUUUUGCUAAUAAAAUGGCAGAUUCGACUUUGACCACAUUUCCGGAGGAUCCAAAAUGUCCCAAAGUUUGUAAAGAUAUCGGUGCAUUUAAAAAAGUGGAGAUGGCUAAAGAAGAGCCUAAAGAAAAGGAAGAAGCGAAGGCCGCUUCUCCUGCAGCAGCUGCUCCUGCGGCAGUAGAAGAAAAGGCGACGAUCAGACCACCGCCGAGCGGGGAAGAGUAUCUACCUAAUCUCAGGCCCGGCCAGGACGGCAAGGUAGACUGGACUCCCCUCGGAACCAUGACGGGCACCAGGCCCGGCGUCAACAAGUACUCCAUCAGCCGGUACUCGCUCAGCGAGUGGCGCGCGCACAACGACCGCGUGCUCGACCCUUCCUGCAUUACGGAGUCUAACAUAGUCGACUACAACGCCAAAACGGCCAUCAUGCAAGCUUUCGGCAACAUCGACAAGAAGCAGCUCGAAAACAACAAGAGACUCAAGCAGAAAGCAAAAGAUAUCUUCAGAUGGAAAGUUGAAGUAGAAAAAGCCUGUAAAGCGAUUACGGAGGAGGUGGAAAUGCUCGAGAUCGACCGACAACGGCUGAAAGGAGCUUCAAGAGUACUGAUGUUGCCUGAAUCAAUAUCAAAAGAGUGCUUAGAUCUUCGCUCCAACCGCUUCGUACCAGAUUUAGUAGCCGACCUAGCGGAGCAGGAACUUAUCAAAGAAAUGAACUUAGUCAGCGAAGUAAGAGCCACGUUAUCCAAGACUUUAGACAAUAUUGAAGCACAAAUGGCUAUUAACAAAGCCGCUAAGCAUCGAAUCGAGUACGACUGGUGUGAUAAAAACAUGGCGUACGGUGGUGAAACGCUCAAUCUAGGACUUACUCCAAAAUCUCCUACCAUUUUGUUCAGACCUGGAUCUACAAGAUUCGCUGACUACUCAGCUCCUUUAGAGUACUGGGAGUUCUUUUGCCGCGAGAAUGUGCAGCAGGUUGAAGCCGCUAGGCAAAAAUCUAGUGAUCUACGUGGCAGUCUCAACGCUAUACUAGUUAGUGGAGGUAGGAAGCUUAGAAACCAAGCGGAUAAGACCGACAUGGCCUUGGCAGAGACUGUCGCUUUGACUACAGAGUUAUGCACAAAAUUAGAAGAGACUUUACGAAGCACGGUCCAACGGAUUGCUGACAUGGAGACUCUGAUAGACAAUCUAAAAGCUUCCAUCCAAAAGAUGGACGCAGCGAUGAAAUUGGCUCAGACGAGACUGGACAACCGAAACCAAUGGCGACCUCACGGAGAGUCAGUGAGAGACCAACCUCACUUGGGUUUGAUAGAAGAAGUGAAGACUAUUCACGAGACAGUGACGUCACUGCUCGGACAGCUAAACAACGCGGAGCGGGUCCGAGAGGACCUGCUGAAGAAGAGGAUUGCGCUGGAGGCAGACAUAGCGUCGAAGAGGAAGACGUUGAACAUAGACAGGGACAGGUGCGGUAUGAUCCGCUCACACUAUCCGUCGGCUUCUGAAUUGGCAGGUUUUUAGAAUACAAAAUUUUCCAAAUUAUAUUGCAUAUUUCAUUUACAGAA